AUGCGCGUCCUGGCCGUGAUUGGAGUGGCUUUCUUUGCCCUGGCUGCUGGGGCUCGUUUGCCUCGAAGCUGGAGUGAUACGAAUGAAGAAGCUGUGACUGUCACAACAACUGUUCUCCCCAAAGAUUGUGUGUCUACAGAGACGAGUACCAAUGACCAAGUUGUGACCAUUACAACUACUAUUCCCCCCCAAACCUGCACGUCUCCCGAGAUCCGGCCUUCAACCAGGACAAUCACGGAAACAGUGUAUAUCACGCUUACUCUCUUCAUUUCGCCUGUCCGUUCCACAGUUAGCUCAAAUGAUGAGUUGACGACUCUUGAAGAAACAUUAGUGACAUACACGACUGCCACUUCGAGAUUUGAAACAAAAUCUACCGUCACCAAUGCUAGCGGCAAUGAUGUCUCUUCGCAACACUCAACUUUCAUAGUGACACUUCGCCCAGUACCUGUUUCCGAGUCUACAACAAUAAUUACUUCAGUUUCAACGGAAGUGGUUACCUUCACUUCACCCUUCACCUUGGUCGACGUCCCGUCGUCAAAUGAUUUGCCAGAUAAACCACCACCGCCUACCAUUAUGACUGACAGUAAGAGCGCCCAAGCAUCUAAGAUAUCAGUUACUCCACCCGCCCCAUCAACUCUAUCCACCAUAGCCGGUGCGCCUAGCACAUCCCGACUCUCGACUCGAAUUUCACAUCCUAUCAUAACCAAUACGACCACCGUCUCUGCUGUUCCUUCUAAACCGUAUGGCCCUAGCGGGUGGAAUUUUACAAAUCCAGCGAACGGUACAGCCCAAACUACAGGCGUUCAGUGCGUUUCUGGGCAUCCAAAUCCCAAUUGCUCCAAGCCGCCUAUUGUAUCUAUUAGCAAAAGACAGGUCGGGGUCAUGGUUACAGCAACUAUUAACGGCCAGAUUGUUUCAUGGAUUAACCGAUGGGACGGUGGCGCUCUGUCUUCCCCUACACCUUCAACCCAAGCACCUAUAAUUGAAAUCACGAGAACGAAAAGUACACCCUCAUCAACUCCAACAAAAUGCGGAGAAUCGGGUGAAUUUACAAUGGAUUUCGACGAUUUGCCGAGAUAUUCCCCAAGUGACAAUGACACUGCGCCAUUUCCACCAAUUUUCAACCCACAUAACCAUUUAUUCUUCUCCGAUGGAUGGUCUUAUGGCCCUCCGCCUACCGAGCCCUAUCCUCCGACUUCCAACCCCCACAUUGGGAUCUACAUACCUGAGAAGUCUAAGGAUAAUCGUGGCUCUCCGUACGCGGGAUUGCUAGCCGGAGGUGCAUUCGGCGCAGGCCCACGAAGUAGCUUGAACACUUUCUGGUUUGAUGCUUACUCUGCGAAUUUUGGAUGCGACAACGGCUUUUCCAAUACAACUUGUGCAGUAACGGUAUCGGCAGUCAGGUAUUCAACCCUAACAAAAACAGAGGAGGCUGCUGGAAUCCGCAAAUUCACCCUCCCACCAUGCCCGGGCUACAAAGGCUGUACCCUUUCUCCGCUGGAUUUUGGAGACAGUUUCCGUGGGAUAAGUGGUCUCCAAUUUUCGGCGUCCGUUCGAAAUAAAUCUGUCAUUCUGUUUGUUGACGAUAUCAAGAUGAAUUGGUAUAACAACAGCUGUGCUGCCGGUUUAGAACGGCUUCGUUCCCGUUGA